GGCCGCGGCGGCAGGGGUCGGCGGCCCGAGGAGCGCGGGAAGGGGUCCGGGGGGCCCGCCCCCGGCCGGCCGCAGUCAUGAACUCCAACGUGGAGAACCUGCCCCCCCACAUCAUCCGCCUGGUGUACAAGGAGGUGACGACGCUGACGGCCGACCCGCCCGACGGCAUCAAGGUCUUCCCCAACGAGGAGGAUCUCACCGAUCUGCAGGUCACCAUCGAGGGCCCUGAGGGCACCCCCUAUGCUGGGGGCCUGUUCCGCAUGAAGCUCCUGCUGGGGAAGGACUUCCCAGCCUCCCCGCCUAAGGGCUACUUCCUGACCAAAAUCUUCCAUCCGAACGUGGGCGCCAACGGUGAGAUCUGCGUCAAUGUGCUCAAGAGGGACUGGACUGCGGAGCUGGGCAUCCGGCACGUGCUGCUGACCAUCAAGUGCCUGCUGAUCCACCCGAACCCCGAGUCCGCCCUCAACGAGGAGGCCGGCCGCUUGCUCCUGGAGAACUAUGAGGAGUAUGCGGCCCGCGCCCGCCUGCUCACCGAGAUCCACGGCGGCGCCGGCGGGCCCAGCGGUGCCAGAGCAGAGGCCAGCCGGGCCCCAGCCGGCGGGGCCGCCGCCUCCGCCGACCCCACGGCCCUCGGCGGCUUGGCAGGGGCCGAGGGCCCCAUGGCCAAGAAGCACGCGGGCGAGCGCGACAAGAAGCUGGCGGCCAAGAAAAAGACAGACAAGAAGCGGGCGCUGCGGCGGCUGUAGGGGUGCUGUAUCCUGCGCCCACCCGCCCCGCUGUCUCUAAGUUAUUUAAAUUAUGGCUGGGGGGAGGGCUUGGGCACUGGGGCCUGGAUGUGUUUUUCUAAAUAAAGUCGAAAAGCAGCUGCUGUGCCUUUGCCCACUGGCCCCCAGUCCAGAGCCCC